CGUCAAAUUCAAAGUUAAUACAAAUUCUGUGUGAGAAAUGUUUUUUUAAUGUGAAAAAUAAAAAGGUGCGCAUCCAAAUCACACUUGUACUGUGAUGCGUGUUAAAGAAAGAAUUAGAAGAUCCUAAGUUUUCAAAGCAGCGAAGCAGCGCGACAUAAUAUUAAGCCUUGGAGUGAAUUUAUUGUGAAAUUAAGUAAAACAUUACAUAAUCAGUUGUAGAUUGCUCUCGUCAAUUUUAGAAUCUUUUAAAAUGGCACCGGCUAUUGGUAUUGAUUUGGGUACCACCUAUUCCUGCGUUGGAGUAUGGCAGGCAGGGAAGGUUGAGAUCAUCGCCAAUGAUCAAGGCAACAGAACCACCCCCAGCUAUGUGGCUUUCACCGACACCGAACGACUCAUUGGUGAUGCUGCAAAGAAUCAAGUGGCGAUGAAUCCCAGUAACACUGUGUUCGAUGCAAAGAGGCUGAUCGGACGAAAAUAUGACGACCCUAAAAUACAGACCGAUUUGAAAUUGUGGCCGUUCAAAGUCAUCAAUGAUGGGGGAAAAACUAAAAUUGUUGUUGAAUUUAAAGGUGAAAUUAAAAAGUUUGCUCCUGAAGAAAUUAGCUCAAUGGUCCUAACUAAAAUGAAAGAAACGGCUGAAGCAUAUUUGGGAAGAAGUAUUCAUGAUGCCGUUAUUACGGUUCCAGCUUACUUCAACGAUUCCCAGAGACAGGCAACGAAGGACGCCGGCAUGAUUGCAGGCAUAAACGUAUUAAGAAUAAUCAACGAGCCCACAGCGGCUGCUCUUGCAUAUGGAUUGGACAAAAAUCUUCGUGGUGAAAAGAAUGUGCUUAUCUUUGAUUUGGGAGGUGGAACAUUUGAUGUGUCCAUCUUGACCAUCGAUGAAGGAUCAUUAUUCGAAGUAAAAUCUACUGCAGGAGACACCCAUUUGGGAGGCGAAGAUUUUGAUAACAGACUCGUAAACUACUUUGCCGAAGAGUUUAAAAGGAAAUAUAAGAGAGAUCUGACCAAUAAUCCCAGGUCAAUUAGAAGACUUAGAACGGCUGCGGAACGCGCCAAGAGAACUUUAAGCUCAAGUACAGAAGCAUCAUUGGAAAUAGAUGCCUUGUUUGAUGGCGUUGAUUUCUAUACGAAGAUAUCGAGAGCCCGUUUUGAGGAAUUGAAUGCUGAUUUAUUUAAAGGCACACUUUCUCCAGUUGAAAAGGCUUUAAAUGAUGCAAAAAUGGACAAGUCUUCAAUACAUGAUGUUGUUUUAGUUGGUGGCUCGACUAGAAUACCAAAAAUUCAAUCCCUCUUGCAGAACUAUUUCAACGGAAAAAGCCUAAAUCUAAGUAUCAAUCCGGAUGAGGCGGUGGCAUAUGGAGCGGCCGUGCAAGCCGCAAUCCUCAGCGGAGACCAGAGCUCCAAGAUUCAGGACGUUCUGUUGGUUGACGUAACUCCCUUAUCGCUCGGCAUCGAAACCGCCGGUGGAGUUAUGUCCAAGAUUAUUGAGAGAAAUGCACGAAUUCCUUGUAAACAAACGCAGACUUUCACCACGUAUUCUGAUAAUCAGCCUGCAGUCACAAUUCAAGUGUAUGAAGGUGAAAGAGCGAUGACAAAGGAUAAUAAUAUACUAGGUACUUUUGACUUAUCGGGAAUUCCACCUGCUCCUCGUGGAAUACCGAAAAUUGACGUCACAUUUGACUUGGAUGCAAAUGGCAUCCUUAACGUUUCAGCAGUAGAAGGGAGUACAGGCAAAUCAAAGAAAAUUACAAUUAAGAAUGAUAAGGGACGCUUAUCUCAAAGAGAAAUUGAAAAAAUGCUUGCAGAUGCAGAAAGAUAUAAAGAAGAAGAUGAUAAACAAAGAGAAAGAGUAGCAAGCAAAAAUGGAUUAGAAAGUUACGUGUUUAGCGUUAAACAGGCAAUCGAUGAGUCCGGAGAUAAACUAUCCGCUGAUGAUAAAAAUAAAGUUCAAAAAGCAUGUGACAAUUGCAUUAAAUGGCUUGAUUCGAAUCAGACUGCUGAAAAAGACGAGUUUGAAUAUAGAUUAAAGGAACUGACAAAAAUUUGUUCCCCAAUAAUGACAAAACUUCACAGAGGUGACGGAAGAGGUGGAACACCAGGGGCCCAUGAUGGUCCAACUAUUGAAGAAGUUGAUUAAAUGCAUUCAAAAUCUAUGCACAGAUUUUCAAAAUUUUUAAAUUAUUUCCAUUCAAUCUGUGCAAAAUUAUUAUAUUAUCACUGCAUAAUCUACUUGUCUGUAGUUGAAUUUAUUUACGUCUGCGUUUUAUUUGAAACAUAAUUAUUUAUCUUAUGGUAAUGAUGCAUUGGAUGGAUGUAAACUUUUCAUUUUCUUCGAAGUUACAAUAAAAAUAAUUAAAAUAAA